AUGAUCUCUCAAUUCAACCGGUUCGUCAACAAUGGCGCAGGCCUGGAGAAGACUCUUCGUCUGAUCCAGUCCGCGGCCCAGGUCGCAGCGGUGUUUACGGUGGGCAGCACCGCCGUGCGCCUGACGACGACCAAAUUGCAAUUGGCGCUGUCGCGGCGAUUCUUCCGCUUCUUCGGUUUCAUCGAUUCCUUUCAGCGCGUGUCAGCUCUGCUGACCAAAGAAGGGAUGGGAUCCGUCCCGGGCUGGUUGGAGCUGGCUAAAUGGACCUGCUUUGGACUGUACUUUGUGCUUGAGGACCUAACUAUCUUGCACGCCAUGGGCGUUUGGGCUGUUCCCUGGGAAGAACGGGUGAUGCGCGAGGCCAACACAUUCUGGUUCUACGCCCUGUCCUUCUCGCUCGCUGGCACCGUCUAUGCUCUCCUUUUCUCCAACUCGACGGCCCCCGCGUCGAAGGGUAAGAACGGGAAGAAGAAGAAUGGCCGCAAAAAUGAAAAGGCCGUGUCGCGCGUGGACAGCUCAGCGCUGAUGAAGCAAAUUGUGGUGGAUGGAUGCGACCUGCUCAUCCCGGCCGAAUUGCUGGAUUGGAUGCCGACCGGAGACUUGGUGAUUGGAUCGACGAUGAUUCUCAGCACCCUGUUGACAGGACAGGAUAUCUGGGCAAAGGAAAAAAUGGACUCGCGGGGAAUCGAACCCCGGACCACCCCCAUGCUAAGGGGGUAUUAUACCACUAAACCACAAGCCCAAUUGUUGAAGACAGCGAGGAUUUAUGGCUUCAUAAACAAGAAAGCUUGA